GAAGUUGGUCGUCUGAUACCUACUAAGUCUGUGGUUUUGACUUUUGACAUUUUGUAUCUAUCUUUUUAUUUUAUAGUCAAUUCAAUUUAACUACAUAAUUAAUGAAAUUAUGUAUUUCUUGUAUCCCAUAGUGUCAUAAAAAUAAUGUGAAUAUAAAUUAUAAUAACUACCCGACGUGCUAUAGUUAAAAUAAUAUAGUUAAUAGGUACUGUUUACAGUUAUAGAAAUGGCUGGAUUUGGAGAUUAUAAUUCUUACAAUAGGCCGUAUGGCCUGGACCCUAAUAAAGAAACUAAUGAUUUGUACGAUACCCGAUAUCAACAAAUAUAUGGUUAUCACACGCCAUUAACUGAAGAAUACCAGGGGCCGCCUCUUGUGAUGGAUGAAACACCAGAAGAUGGAAAUAAUGCUUAUGUUACCACUGCAAUAAGUGCAGCCAGUUUGAUUACUGAGAAUUUAUUAAGCCAUCCAUUUAUUGUCCUACGACGACAGUGUCAGGUCCAUAAUAGCCUCAAGAAUUACCAUAUAGUUCCCUAUACUCUGCUACCUGUUGUAGCAAGACUGCACAGAAGCCAAGAUGUUACAACAUUGUGGAAAGGAAUUGGUUCCACUUGUAUUGUAAAAGGUUUGAACUUAGCUGUUGAAGAUGUAGUGGCAAAGGGCACAGGAUGGCCAAAAGAAAUAGAGAAAUGUUCUUCUGUGUUGCAAUUUCUUCAACACAUAACAUUGAAAUGUAUAAGCACAGCAAUCAUCACACCAUUUUAUUCUGCAAGUUUGGUGGAAACUGUACAAAGUGAUAUUGCUAGUGAUAAACCAGCACUUCUAGAUGUUUUUCGAGAAGGAUUUCUUCGCUUAUUGGAAUGGGGUACACCAAGUAGAGGCAGGAUGUUGCCAAUAUGGGCUAUUGUUUUCCCAACAGCAGCGCUAGGAGUUUCUAAAUAUCUAGCACAGUAAGUAAUGCAAAGAAAAUUUGUUAUAAAUAAUAAUCAAUUAAACAACAUUUAAACGGUUUCAUCAAAUUUGUAUUCAGUUUUAUUGACUUUUCAAACCCUUUAUAGGUUCCAUGUUCACAUAAUUAAAGAGUUCGAAACGUUAAUAAAACUAAAUACAAACACGAUGAAAAUGUUUAUAAGUUGUUUUAUUUAUGGAUAGUGCAUGUGAAAAUAUAAGAAAUCAAUAAAUAAUAAUAUUUUUUAAAUAGGUAUAUUGACUAAUAUAUUGUUUCAGCGUCAUAUUGAGAAGCAUAACUGUGCAAGUUUUAAGAUUUCAACAAAGAAACAAACAUGAGUUGAGCGAUUCAUAUAAUAUAAACUAUCAAAGAAACUCACAAAAUCCAUUGAUUGAAAAUAUCAACCUAAAAGCCAACAUAUUUUCAUUUAUUACAAUGGAGGUACUAUUCUACCCUGUUGAAACAAUUAUCCACCGGCUACAUAUACAGGUGAACAAACAUAAAAUUACUCUUUGUUUUUUGCUUAUUGAAAAAAUAUAUGUAUUUUCUUAAUUUUCAUUCUUUUUGAUGUUAUUGUAAUUUAAAACUUUUUUCAGGGGACAAGAACUAUUAUAGAUAAUUUGGAUACAGGAACAUCAGUAAUUCCUAUUCUAACAGGAUAUGAAGGAUUUGUUGAUUGUUACCAUACAACAGUAGCAAAAGAAGGUGUGGCAGGUUUAUACAAAGGGUUUGGAGCACUUAUUUUGCAACUUGCUGCUCAUUUAGCAAUAAUUAAACUUACAACUCUUGUAGUUUCUGAAGUUUCAAAUCUAUUGAAACCUGCAAAAUCUCCUACUAAUUCUGAAGACUCAGUGCACAUGCAACAAAAGUACUUAUUUAACUAAAAAUAUUUUUAGUAACUUAAGUUUAUGAACAUCAAUUGAACUUUAAAAAAUAGAAUUAUGAUUUCAUAGAAUUUGUAAUGUAUGAUGUGCUCAAAUAAUGCAGUCAUGUUUUCAAUGUAUGUUUCUAAAAUAAACUGUGUUUAUGUAACAUCUACAGUUUUAUGCUGUAUAAAAAAAAAAUAGUUUUGUUUUUUACACCCUAAAAUCUAGGUAAUAAGUAAAAUGAAGCUUUGUAUUAAGAAUUAACUUUUGCAGAUAUAAAAAGGUCAUUAAAUAAAAGUAUAAUUUUGUUUCUAACACUAUUUUAUUUUACAAAUUCAUAUAACUGUUUUUAUAAUUUAAUGCGACAACACAUGUCUACCUUUUAAAAUUCUUCUCAUUAUUAUUCUACGACCAUUAGGAGUAGACAUCCUUGUCUCCCAACCAUGUCUUCGAACUCUUCUAACUUCAUUUGGCCGUGGGAAAUAACAACGGACUUUGGUUCUAAUGCUUAAUAGAGAGAAAGUCUCUGUCGCUACUAAAUUUACCCCUGUUAUUUGUUUUGCAACUUGUAGUCCUGGUUUCAUUAUUAACCUGUAUGAAAAUACGGACAUAUUUAUUAAUUAACUGUUUGUUUAUAUACUGUUUUCACU